AUGCAUAUCAUCAAGCCAGUCUGGCUCACUCACGGAGGCGAACGGAAAGACUUCGAGGUCUAUAGUUGUGAUGUAUCGCCUGAUGGAAAGAGACUGGUGACUGCCGCUGGAGAUGGAUACGUUCGGAUCUGGUCUACAGAGGCCAUUUACAACACCGGCAACCCCGAGUUCGCCGAUAAGCCGAAGCAGCUUGCGUCGAUGAGCAACCACUCUGGCACAAUUCACACGGUUCGCUUCUCACCGAAUGGAAAAUAUCUUGCUUCGGGAGCGGAUGAUAAAAUAGUUUGCGUUUACACUCUUGAUGCUAACCCGCCAACACACUCGACAUUCGGCUCCGACGAAGCACCUCCAGUCGAGAACUGGCGCACUAUCCGGCGAUUGAUCGGCCAUGACAACGACGUCCAGGACCUGGGGUGGUCGCACGACUCAUCGAUUCUGGUUUCCGUCGGUCUCGACUCGAAAGUGGUUGUGUGGUCAGGACACACUUUUGAAAAGCUGAAGACGAUAUCGGUUCACCAGAGUCAUGUCAAAGGCAUCACUUUCGACCCAGCAAACAAGUACUUUGCUACCGCCAGUGAUGAUCGCACUGUUCGCAUCUUCCGAUUCACCUCUCCAGCCCCCAAUUCUUCCUCUCACGACCAAAUGAACAACUUCGUCCUCGAGCAGACCAUCUCCGCCCCAUUUGCGAACUCCCCACUGACUGCAUACUUCCGACGCUGUUCAUGGUCACCUGACGGAAUGCACAUUGCGGCUGCAAAUGCGGUCAAUGGCCCCGUCAGCUCGGUUGCGAUUAUCAACCGUGGGUCUUGGGACGGUGAUAUCAAUCUCAUUGGCCAUGAAGCUCCCGUUGAGGUCUGCUCCUUCUCUCCCCGAUUAUAUUCGAGGGAGCCGAUCAAUAAGAAUCAGCCUGAUGGACAUGCGGCGCAUCAUAUUACUGUUAUUGCGUGCGCGGGUGCAGACAAGUCGCUAAGCGUUUGGAUUACGAGCAAUGCUCGCCCGAUCGUGGUCGCUCAGGAAAUGGCUGCCAAGUCGAUGUCGGAUUUGGCUUGGAGUCCUGAUGGCAAGUGUCUUUUUGCUACCGCUCUGGAUGGUACCAUUGUCGCAGCUCGGUUCGAGGAUGGCGAGCUGGGCUAUGCCGUAGAGAUGGAGGAGAACGAAAAGUCCCUGACCAAGUUUGGAACGAACCGCAAGGGCGCCGGUAUUACUGAAACCACCGAUGGAUUGUUGCUGGAAGAAAAGAGUAAAGCUGGUGAGAUCAAGGGAGUCGAGGGCCGCAUGGGUGCACUGAUGGGAGAUGGCCAUGCAGCCGCUGAACCUGCUGUGAAUGGCGGAUCAGCACCGCAGCCAUCGAACGGUACAACUCCCGCUCAAGCACCUUCUCCUGCGGCAGACACAAACAAGACCCAGACAAACGGGACUGGAUCAACACCGAAUGCCUCCGUGUCUGAGAAGGAUAAACCUGAUCCUUACCAGGCUAAGCUAGAAAGACUCAAGCAGCGUCCGACAUACACAAAAGAGGGCAAGAAGCGUAUUGCCCCUCUCCUUGUCUCUGGGGCUGGAGCUGGCGAGUCUUCUCUCCCUCAAGCUCGCCUCAUGGCUUCAGUCAGCAGCCAGGUGAAAGCCGAUGCUCCCACAUCUCUCGUCGACCUCUCGAAACCAUUUGACGGCUUGCCUAAAGGUGGUUUAACUGCUCUUCUGCUCGGCAACAAGCGCAAGCUUGCCCAGCUCGAGGGCGAUGAAGACGGCCAGGCUGAGAAACGCGUCGCUGUAGCAAGCCAAAAUGGUGCGACGCCGAUCCUGGCCAAUACUCCCGAUGGUCUUCUCCCCGCUCAAGUGCAGCCUGGGGCCAACGGCCAGCAACAAACCCCAGAUUUCAUCCGUCCUGCAGUUAUCAACCCUUGCAUGUCGGUCAGCCAGCUUCGUCUGGCCGUCCCCAAAAUCCGCACCCACAUACUACGCGCGCUUGAUGCAAGUGGGAAGCCUACCGAGCCGCCAGCUCCUGGCGGAGGAGACUCGAGUACCAAGUCACGAGUGGAUGUGGUAUUCGAGGCUCGCAAUCCUUCAUUGGCCAGCUUGACCGGCCGGGCCGUGGACCGCGAACCGGUGCGUCUCACACUCUUUCGUGGAGAGCAGCCAUUAUGGCAAGAUUUCCUCCCCCGCUCUGUUCUCCUCGUAACAGGAAACCAAAGCAUGUGGGCCGCUGCCUGUGAAGACGGAUCAGUCUAUCUCUGGACCCCAGCAGGUCGCCGGCUUGUCAGCGCAUUAGUACUGGAAGCACAACCCGUCAUUCUGGAAUGCAACGGCCCUUGGAUCCUAUGCAUCUCCUCCGUGGGUAUGUGUUACGUCUGGAACGUGAAGCAUCUCUCUUCUCCCCACCCUCCCGUCUCCCUCCAACCCGUCCUCGACGCCGCCAUCCACACACUAGGCGCGAACCCCACCGCUGCACCGGCAAUCACAGAUGCACGCAUUAACUCCGAAGGCCGCAUCGUCGUAUCAUUGACCAAUGGCGAAGGCUACUCCUACUCUCCAUCUAUGUACACAUGGCAGCGCAUCUCAGAAGCUUGGUGGGCCGUCGGCAGCCAGUACUGGAACUCAACAGAGGCCCCUGUUAGUAACCUUCAGGCAAGAGAUGCCCAGCAAGAUACCAAGGACGCCAAGGCAGCCGUAUCUGCUGGUAUCAUCCCCUUCCUUGAACGCAAUACCACGAACGUAACCCUUCUACGUGGUCGUGCGUAUUUCUUGCAACGACUCGUCAAGGUCUUGCUAUCCCGAGAAGGCUACGAAACCUUCGAAUCAAGUGUUUCCAUCGCCCAUCUCGAGAACCGACUCGCUGCUGCAUUGUCUCUAGGCUCUAAGGAAGAGUUCCGCCUAUACCUGAAUAUGUACGCCAAGCGCAUCGGCGCGGAAGGAUUAAAGAUGAAGGUCGAAGAGCUACUCAAGGGCUUAAUCGGCGGUCUGUUCGAAGACGAUGAAGGCACCGAAUCUAUCACAAAGCUCCAAGUUAACGAGCGCGAAGGCCGGAGUUGGCGCGAAGGCUCACAAGAUCUAUGUGGUUGGCCACGGGAAACUUUACUGAAGGAGGUGAUCCUGGCUCUUGGCAAAUACCGCGAACUCCAGCGCGUCACUGUUCCAUAUGCUAAACUUCUGGAUAUGGUGGACCGCGUGGAUGGCGAUGCAAUGGAUCUAUGA